AUGAAAACCAACAUUGUACUCUAUUCACCAAACAAUGUCAUUGUAGAUAUGUGUUUUACUAAUAAUAAACAAGGAUUUUUGGUUUUUACUUUACCAACAACACACAAAAUAUUAUCAUUUGCAUCAAAGCAAGCAUUAACAUUAUUAAGCAAUAGUCGACAUUGGAAUAGUGACAAAACAUCUCGAAUAUCAUCUGCAUUAUUUACUCAAUCAUAUUAUAUACAUGUCUGGGACAAAUUCAUCAAGAAAUCAAUAUUUCUUUCUUGUGACCAAGACAAGCCAGAAGGAUGUUAUCAUGAAUUAUAUCAGUCAUUAGUUACUUAUGAAACAAAAUAG